AUGCCUCACAGUCGUCAGAGGCACCCAGGCCGCAUCCCAGAGGUGGCUUGGGACACCCGGCUGAAAGAAAUGAAUGAGACCUGGAAAGGAGGAUUUGCCUGCCUUGGGGUGGCUGUGUUCUUUAUGAUGACCAUUGGGACUAUAUACUGGCAAGUGGUGGAUCAGCCAAAGAAGAACUGGAUCCUGAGAGGAAGCGCCAGUGGUCUCAUAUGGGAGCGAAAAGCACACGCCCUCAUCUUGCAGGCUCUGAAAGGUGAGGAAAAAUGGUUGGAGAUUAAUGUGUGCAGCUUCCAGGAUGUAGAGGCACCUUUCGUGACGAAUAUGUGUGGGCUGAACAGAACAGAAUUCUGCUACACCUGGGAUGCUACGGCAAGCCUGAAGAUUUCCUUGGAGUCCAGCAUUUCUUCCAGCACAGAGUGCUACAGAGUAAACUGGACCCCGCAGCAUUGCCAAGUCAAACUAAAGGACUGUUUUUCCAUGACAAAUAUUUCCUGGUAUGGAGGAGCAAGUGUCAGUACCCAGCACUGGCCUUUGAACCAUGUAAACAUGGAGGCCCAACCAUUCACCAUCAGUAGCCUUACCCAAGUCCCCACUGGCUAUGGAUCUGUCUUAGAAAGAUAUUUUUUGGGAUCAACUGGGGUGACGAUUAUGAUUGCCUCAGAUAUUCCCAUCUCUCUCUCAGUAGAGAGGAACAAACAUUUUUGCCUGGAGAGUGUCCCUGGCAUCAGUAUCAUUCCGCAAUAUACAGUGUGUGUCAGUCCAAACAUCACAUCUGCCCACCAGGAAGUGGGAAGCCAGCUUUCAAGACAACGACAGAGGCUUCCAAAUACUGACCUAUUCAGGCUGCCAGUCUGGAAGUAUCAUGGAACAGUGGAGUCUGCUGCCAAAAUGGAACGAGGAAUAAGAUCUUUCGUCAAUAAACUGCAGAGGCACAAUUUUGGGGAGGGUCUCAUCAUGCUCAAUGAACCUUCCACCACCUUACUAUGUAACAAGGAACACACAGAAACAUAUUUGCCUGUGAUGAGAAGAAGGCUUCAUAGGCUGAGACGUGUCAUGGACCACUCAUCCUUAAAAUCUCCCAAACUUUCCAUAACUCUCUCUCCUUAUGCAAACAUCAACUCUGAACCUUUUCAGAUGUCUCUACAGGAAGGCAAAGAACACUUUUGGCUGAGCCACCAUUCAGAAUCUGGUGAAUACUCGGCACCACUGCUUACCAAAUGGAAAGGGCAGUUUUCCGUUCAACUUAAUGUCACCAACCAGGCCGCAGUACUCUGGUAUAUGGACCGAGUGAGACUCUUGCAACAGAGAGUGGGAGCAGAGUAUGUGGUUUUGGAAGGUAGUGAGGCCAACUUGUUUGUGGAGCAAGCCAUCCAAACCCCUGUGGAACUCAAAGGGGACAAGUAUAUCUACAUUUUAGCCUUAAUAGCAGCUACAUUGGGAAAUUCAUCAAUAAUGAGUGCUGGUACAAGAUCUAGCCACCUGCCACUCUUUGUCCAAAUGAACCCACUCCAGUCUGACUGGAGCUACGCUGGUUUAAAAGGGAUUAUUCCGUCUGUGCUUCACUACAGUCUUCUUGGUUACAACUUUUUCAUUCCAGAUGCAAUAGAAACAACUCAUCUCACCGGACAAGUACUAAAUCUCACCAGGCACUACAUAAACAAACAUCUGGAUUUUGUGGUGCCUCUCCUUCUAAAAUAUAGCAAGGAAUGGCUGUCUUUGGGAUAUCCUGUUUUUCGACCUGUCUGGUGGCUCAGCCCCACUGAAUCAGUCAGCUUUACAAUUGAUGAUGAAUUUCUUAUAGGAGAUGAGGUACUUGUUGCCCCGAUAACAGAACAAGGGCAAAGUCAAAGAGACAUCUUUCUGCCCAGGGAAGGUCAGAAGUGGAUGGACACAAACACUGGCCAGGUGUUUGAUGGAGGCACCUUCAUCAAGAACUAUUCUGUCACACUUGUGGACGUCCCUGUUUUUGUUAGGACUUCUUAG